AUGGCGGCGGCCCUGAGCGUCGCCGCCCAGGCCUACUGCACGCCGGGCUCCCUCGUGCUCUCAGGUAGCAUCGACAACAGCCCCAGCAGCGGCGUGUACGCGUUCGGCGAGCGCCUAGUCGCCGGUAUGCUGCUCGACAUCUGGAACGCCGCCAUGGCGCAGCGGAGCACGGGCGCGGCGGCGACCGCCCCCGACAUCCGCGGACUGCCGUGCGAGGCGCUGCGCAACGUCAGCCGCGUCCUGGAGGCCGCGCAGUCCGCGGCCGAGACGCUGCCCGCGGCGGUCCGGUCCGCGUUCGGGACGCCGGGCCCGACGUUCUGCCCGGCGGCGGCGGCCGCUUACCAGUCAAACGGGCUGGGGCCCUUUGAGGUUGCAAUCGUGAUGAUGCAGGCCGCCUACGCCGCGUGCCCCGCCGCCGCGCUGUCGCAGCGCUUCAGCGGCGCGGCCGACCACGAGGCGAUGCUCGGCGUGCUGAUGGCCGGGCCGCGGCUGUCGGGCGCGGUGCGCAAGACGCUCGCCGCGGUGAUCUCAGAGCCUUGCAGCUGCUGGCGGCAGAGGGCGCCCGCCGACGCCGCGAUCGUCGCGGUCUCGCCUGUGCAGCCUGCGCCGCAGUCGCUGCUCGGCGAGUGGCCCGUGCUGCUGCCGCAGCAGCAGCAGCAGCCGCAGGGGCAGCCGCCGCAGGCGGUGGUGCCGCCCCUGCAGCAAGCUGGUGUGAUUGCGGUUGCGUCGGUGCCCGAGUCGGCACUGGCCGUGGGGCUGCCGCAGGGCCGCGUAGAGUCGGGCGUGACCUCGGGGGUCCUCUUUACUGGGCUGUCAUCAAGCCCCAAACCCGCCGCAAUCGAGCUGCCCGUUGCAGCUUUCACCGCGCCCCCCGCGACCAACCUGGACUCUUGGGGCGCGCCGGCGUCUUGGGGCGCGGCGCCCGCGGCGGCGGCGGCGCCGUCCGUGCAGCAGCCGGGCGCCGCCGUUCGAGAGGACGGGCCCCACCCCGCUCUGUCGGCGAUUUCAGCGAUCGCGUCGGCGACGGAGCCCAGUUGGUAUUCGACAGACCAGUUUGUCCUGCAGGGCGCCUCGCAUUGGGACGUGAAGCAGAUGGAGCAGUCGCACCAAGGCGGCCCGCAGUCAGGCGCGGCGCCGGCCGGCAGCGGCGGCGGCGUGGCCGCGGCGACGGUCAACGUUCUCAGCGUGGCGCCGGCGACCGCAUCUUCGGUUGAAGACGUUGAUUUUCAGACGCGGCUGUCCGCGCCAGCCUCCCGCAGCUCCCGCGCCUCCCAGCGCGCGGCGCCAUCUGCCUCCCCGUCGGCCGCGCCGCCCCAUCAAGUCAACAGCGCCCCGCUCAUACCCUCCGGCCUCGCCUUCACGGCGUCCCCCGGCCAAUCCUUCAACCUGACGGGCGUGGCCGACCCCGACGGCGACGCGGUUUCGCUGACCUGGACGCUCACGCACGAUGAAACGGGCAAGGCGUUCGAGGGCGCCGGGCCGCUCGUUGCUGUCGACGGCGGCGCGCCCAAGGGCGUGUAUCAGCUCAUGAUCAAGGCGGAGGACGCGUCCGGCGGCGUGGCGGAGCAGGUGGCGACCGUGGAAGUCCAGGAGUCACAGCCGUCGCCGUCGCCGUCGCCGCCACCGUCGCCGUCGCCAUCGCCGUCGCUGUCGCCGCCACUGUCGCCGUCGCCAUCACCUGCGCCUGCGCCUGCGCUGGCCCCGGCCGUGCCGUCGACGGCUGUGCCGGCUGCGAGCGCUAAGGUCGGCGCGUUGGCGCGGCUGUUUGGCCGUUCGGCGGCGACAGCGGUCAAGCCAGGGACGAGACCAGCGGUAAAGCCGGGAGCCAAGCUUGCGAACAAGCCGGGAACCCAGCAGGAGCGGGGCGCCAAGGCCUCUAACAGGACAGCCGCAGCGUUGCCAGCGAAAGCUGCCGCCAAGGGGCCCGCCGCUGCCGCCCACAAGCCGGCGGCCAACAGCACCUCCAAGCCGGCAGUCAAGCCGGCAGUCAAGCCGGCAGUCAAGCCGGCGCCCAAGCCGGUAGCCGGCGCAAAACCUGCCGCCCCGAAGCCGGCCGCGAUCAAGCCGGCGUACAAGCCGGCUCCUGGGGCCAACCAUGUGGCCGCCAAGCCGCCGGCCGCCAAGCCGGGGUCCACCGUGUUAGCUGGGUCCAAGCUGGCCCCAAAGCCCAGCAACAAGACCACACCUGGCAGCGGGCCAAGGGAUGGGUCGCCAAGGGCCGAAGCCACGGUGUUCCUACCCAGGGCCAAGGCUGCGGGAAAGCCCGCGCCCAAGCCUGCGGUUGCCACCGCAGAGGCCGGAGUGGCCGCGAAGCCCGCGCCGUCGCCCCGGCCGAUCCAGCCGGCUGCCCCCAAAAGCGCCACCGGUGAAACGAAGCGGCCCGUGCCUGCGCCAAAGCCAGGCACCACGCCAGGCGCCAAGCCGCUGGUCAAUGCUUCGCCCAAGCGUUCCGCCAAGCCGUCACCCAGGCCGGCAGCAAAGCCAGCGGCGCCCAGGCCUGCCUCAUCCCCGAGGGUCGCACCUGCCAAGCCAGCUGCCUCGCCGAAGCCGGCGGCAGCCUCCGUGCGGGCGCCCUCGCCGCGGCCGGCCCCCAAAGCUGCACCCAAGCCAGCGCCCAUGCGGCAGGAGGCAGGCGCUGCGCGAGCGCAGAAGCGUGCCGGCGUGGCGCAGCAGAUGGCGGCUCACCCGCCCGACAAUGGCUGGAGCAAUUGGAUGUCCUUUGGUCGACACUGA